AUGAUUGAGGGAAAAGCGGUUGAUACUGUGCGUGUGAGUGUCUGUGCGUGUGAGUGUCUGUGCGUGCUGUCGGGUGGCGCGGUGCAGCUGACGAGUGAGCAGAAGGCGGGCGGAGGGGCACAGCUCCUGAGCACGGAUAUCUGCUUCGGCACGCUGGAGAUCCUGGAGUGCCUGUGGAGCCCGGCGGGACCCGGGGCCGAGCAGCAGGUUGCCGAAUACACGGAGCUGUUGCUGUUUGAGAAGGCAUCGCCGUUAGCUUGCGGGUCCAGUGCCAGUCCCUGUGCUCAGAUCCAUUACAGACUAACCGAGAGGACGGCCGGCAAGGGCAGCCGCAGGAAGGUGUCACGCAGCGCCGAGCUGCUCGUCGAACUUCAGGAAGCACAAACGGAUAUCGACCUGGGCUUCCUGGAUAGGGUGGACUUCCUACUCAGACCCCGUCCCGCGGGGGGUCAAGAAUUCCGGACCGCACAGGGGAGACCUUCGGAGCAAGUGCUGAUUCCAAGGGUCCCUGCACUCUGCGCCGAGCCCCCUCCAGUUCUGGGGCAGCCGACCUCGGUGCGCCUCACGGCCCCCAGAGCCCACCUGCGGCUGCAGUUCCCCGUACCCGAUCUGCGACCCGCGCCGGAGCGCACACCCUGGUUCCAGAAGGCCGUGCGCAGGGAGACUCUGAGGCUGGAGUGCACUGACCUGUGCUGCAGAACUGAGCUCGGAGCCACGUCCCGAACGGAACCCGUCAAAUACGAAGCCACCUUCACUGAUCUACACGGUGUAUACGAAGAUGGAGUCAACCCUGGUGUGUCAUGCGUCCGAGUCACGAAGGCGCCUGACAAAACUACUGCUGGCAAGAAGUAUGUCACCCCAAAGAUUGUGCUGACGGUGAACCCAGACUGCAGCGGCUCGGACUGGGACCUGAGCAUGGAGAAGACCGAGGACGUGGACCUGUCUGCAGUCGAGAGUCCCUGUGAGCUCAAGCAGCCUGAGCCAUCACCAUUCUCAUCCAAACGCACCAUGUACGAGACCGAGGAGAUGGUGAUCCCGGGAGAUCCGGAAGAGAUGGCCCAGUUCCAGUCCCAGACCCUGGCAACGUCCCAGUACGUGCUGGAGCUGACGCUGCCUGCCCUGCACCUGCUCUUUCCCAGCAAGGAAUUCUACGAGAGUAUCUACAACAGGAUGUUCAUACAACCUUCCUUCGCCUGGAAUGGGAUACUAGGAAAUGGAGAGGAGACUACCUUACCUCAACGCAAAACCAAAAAGAAGCCACACCCCUCCUGGAUCAGUGGAAAGUUUGGCUACCGGAAGCCUCUUUUCCAAACUCGGAGGGAGACACAAAAGGUGUCCAAAUAG